AUGCCGUCCAAACACUCAAUCCCGUCUUGCGGAAGCCCCCAGCCCGUCGUCGACCUUAACACCAACCCGCUUGACAUCACAGGGGUCUUCUAUAUGAAGAUAUCUGUGCCCGGAACCACUACAAUUCAUCCCGUCUAUGUCGUCCGUGGCAUCUUGCAUGAGUGUAUCCUCGGCUGCGACUUUCUGGUUCAACACCGCUGCGCCAUCGACUUUGCCUCCCGUACCCUCAAGACUUGCCUCGGCUCAUCAGCCCCCCAGCCCAUUACCCUCACCCUUGCCGCGACUUCUGUUCUUCGCCCCCAUUCCCACCGCUUCUUGGACGCACGUACCCAGCAUACAUCGACCAUCCCGCUCUCUGGUCCCGCCGUCGUUGAACCCAGACCAGACCUGUUCCAGAAGAAACAAGUCUUGGCUACUUUCUCCCUGUCUGAUGCCCACCACAGUGUUUCCGUGCUUGUCAGCAAUCCCUCCUCCGAAGCCGUCACCCUUUACAAGGGUACGACCCUGGCCAGCCUUCAUCUACUCCAUCAGCACUUCCCCGAGUACGUCCUCGCAGAUCACACCUCCAAACCUACCCCUUCCUCCCCGCUCACCGCAGCCGCUGCUAACUCCCGUCGCCCUUGGCGUCGAGAAGACUUGACGCUCUCUGUCCAAUGCACCCAAGACUUAGUGCCGCGCCAUCGCAACUCUCUGCUUGACCUUAUUUACGCGUUCGAAGAUAUCGUAUCUCAGGGUGACUGGGAUCUCGGACGGACGUCUUUAACCCGUCAUACUAUCGACACCCAAGAUGCCCCUCCCAUUAAACAGCGGCCUCGCCGAAUGCCGCCGAAUGGACGGGACACACCCUGUGCUGAGCGGUGUCGACCCCGACUCUGCAAGCUCCGACGGUCGUCUGUCUGGGGAUGUGCCCGAACUGCCAAGCAACACCGACCCCGACUACGGAAGCUCUGA